AACCUUUGGUAAUAUAAAACCCCCUCAAUCUCUAUAACCUUCACAAGGAGAAGAUCAGGUUACGUACACUAGAGUUUUGAGGUGAAGCAACAAACAAGUGUGGAAAAUGGGUUCUUUGAUGGCCGGUUGGGAUUCUCCCUUUGUAGAUCCUAAGACAGUCAACUCUGAGAGGAACAGAUCAUUCACUAAAGAAGAGAUUGAGAAUUUCCGGAGGUUGCACAAGAAAUGUGAAGAAGAAGAAGAAGAAGAAGAAGAAGAACAUAAUCCCCCACAUACUCUCAGUCUCAGCUUACAUAAUAACCCCUCUCUGGAGAGUGGGAAGGAAGUGACACGUUAUUUUCUACCUCCCUACUAUUCAACUACUGAAUUGGAGUCUGAUGUUGGAUCUGGAAUGGAAAAGAAGACAGAUGACUGGUGGACUAGAAGUAACUGGGCUUUCCUCAAUGAGCCUCCACAGGAGGAGAUUGAUGUAUCAUCACACAAGUAUGCGUCCCAGUAUCAUGUUGCGGAACUUGCGACCAAGAAACCUAGGCAUGCCAACUGAUUCUAUGUUUAUGUAGUAAAAAGGCCCUGCAUUGAGCAGUGUCAACAUCCAUGUAUUUUGUAUAUAUUAGCAGAGUUCACUCUUUCUUUCUGCAUCAUCCAUCAUCCAUGUACAGGAUUAGCAUUUUAGCAAUGUAUCUUUGCUUUGCAUCC